AGCCAUGCGGCCCGGUCAGAGCUAGCCACGCUGCCCAGAGGCUGCAGGGGAGGGGCCAGGAGCUCAAGGGCCCAGCAGGAUGGUCCCACGGGCCGUAGCUUGCCCACCUCUGUUAUAACAGCUAUUUAUCAUCUUACAGGAAAUCUAAUUCAACUGGCCUACUGUCACUGCUACAAAAGGAGAGGCUAAAAGCUGGGGUUCGGGCAACCUCCAAUCUGUUAGGCUCUACAUCCUUGUUGUGAUCGGAGAAGAGAGCAUGGGUUGUUUUCAGAGGCAUUUCAAGAGAUCCCAGAAUUUUGAUAAACCUACCUUUCAGGGAACAUGUUUAGGGGACUUGUUAUUUUAAAUGAGGUCCGGAAACUGAAGACUAAAAGCUGGUUGGCCCUUGCUUGGCUGCACAAAAUAAUAAGGAGCUUUACAAAGUGUGGAGCUGUGCUACAUUCAGAGCUAAGUAACAUGAAGUUACUGCACCCAGGAGAGCAUAGCACUCCAAACGUGUGGGAGAGUAGGUAGCCAUGGCUCUGGCCUCACUAUGUGCCAGCCUGGAGAGCUGGUUAGGCCACACGGUGGGGACUAUGCUGAACCUGUUAAAUGGGUGAAGCACUUUCUGCUAGCUCUUCUUUUGUACUAGGGAGCUAAGAGGGGUAGCACAACACAGCUCCACACCACUCCCAGCCCAGACUGGGCAUGAAUGACAUAAUAUACCCUAAGAAACUGGUAUUUUGUACAUUUAAUACAUCAUUUUGCUCUAUCAAGCUACAGCACAGAUGGAUGUCAAAUAUUUAGUAUUUCCAACCCACUAAAAAACUAUAGCUCUGAGAGACCCUCGGAGAUUAGGAUUUAGUUGCAUUAUCUGAUACUGUGUUCAAGUCUGGUUUUGACAAUAAGUAUUUGUUCACAGACACAUCACAGUCCUUUGAAAUAUUGAAUUUGUUGACAACAUUAAGACCCAGAACAAAACACUAAGGCUUUAUCCAAACACAAAAGUAGUACAGCUUUAACUAUACUUACAAGACCCCCUGAGUGCAGAUACACUUAUAGCAGUAUGAAAGUACCUUACACCAGUAUAAUAUUCCUAUACAAGAUAUCGUAUAGAGCUCUACUGUAUAACUCACCUUUAUACGGUAUAUCUGUGUCCACAUUAGGAAUUUCACUGGUAUAAAUAUAGCUGUAAAAAGCUCACUCCCUCAACCAAUAUAGUUAUACAGAACAACACCUUUUGUGUAGUCCAGGACUGAGCCUUAACAUGCUACAUUAUUAAAGUUGUCAUGAGAGAUUGUGGCAUAGCUUCAUCGGAUAAGGCAAUUCCAAAACAAUCAAAAUAACAGCAAGAUAAGCAAAUACAUGCUAAAAAUAGUUUGCCUUUUUAAAUGUGUAAUGUGUACCAUGUACUUUACCCUCUUGCAUGAGUAUAAAAAUCCAUGAGAAGAGCACAAGCUGUUAUGGAAAGAACCAUGAAGGCCUUUCUUCUGCUAGCAGCCAUUGGACUUUGUUCGGCACAAUACAACCCAAAUACAAGGCCUGGGAAGAUGUCUAUUGUCCACCUGUUUGAAUGGCGUUGGGCUGACAUUGCUCUUGAAUGUGAACGGUAUUUAGCACCCAAUGGAUUUGGUGGAGUUCAGAUAUCUCCUCCAAAUGAAAAUAUUAUCAUUACUAACCCAUGGAGACCGUGGUGGGAAAGAUACCAGCCAAUCAGUUACUAUCUAUGUACACGAUCUGGAUAUUAUGAUGAAUUUAAAGACAUGGUGACCAGAUGCAACAAUGUUGGAGUUCAUAUUUAUGUGGAUGCUGUAGUCAACCACAUGUGCGGGUCUGGUGCUGGUUCUGGUAAUAGUUCUACUUGUGGAAGCUAUUUCAAUGCAGAGACUAGAGAUUUUCCUGCUGUGCCAUACUCAGCCUGGGACUUUAACGACGGUAAAUGUAAAACUGGAAGUGGAGAAAUUGAAAAUUACCAUGAUGUGACUCAGGUCCGCAACUGUCGCCUUGUCAGUCUUCUUGAUCUUGCCCUCGAGAAGGACUAUGUGCGUUCGAAAGUUGCUGAAUACAUGAACGAUCUUAUUGAUAUUGGUGUGGCAGGUUUUAGAAUUGAUGCUUCCAAGCAUAUGUGGCCUGGGGACAUGACGGCAUUUUUAGACAAACUGAAAAAUCUAACGACAAAAUGGUUUUCUGAAGGAUUGAGACCUUUCAUUUACCAGGAGGUAAUUGACUUGGGUGGAGAGCCAAUUAAAAGCAGUGAUUACUUUGGAACUGGCCGAGUGACUGAAUUCAAAUAUGGUGCUAAACUGGGUACAGUGAUCCGCAAAUGGAAUGGAGAAAAGAUGGCCUAUUUAAAGAAUUGGGGAGAAGGCUGGAGUUUCAUGCCCUCUGACAGAGCCCUUGUCUUUGUAGAUAAUCAUGACACCCAAAGGGGACAUGGUCCUGGGGGAGCGUCUGUUCUAACCUUUUGGGACUCCAGACUAUAUAAAAUGGCACUUGGCUUUAUGCUUGCUCAUCCUUAUGGAUUUACACGUGUUAUGUCAAGUUACCGUUGGCCAAGAUAUUUUCAGAAUGGAAAGGACAUUAAUGAUUGGGUGGGACCACCAAGCUCUGAGGAUGGAUCAACCAAACCUGUUACAAUUAAUCCAGACUCCACUUGUGGCAACGACUGGGUCUGUGAACACAGAUGGCGUCAAAUAAAGAACAUGGUUAUUUUCCGUAAUGUGGUUGAUGGCCAGCCUUUCUCAAACUGGUGGGACAAUGACAGCAAUCAAGUGGCUUUUGGGCGUGGUAAUAGAGGAUUCAUUGUCUUUAAUAAUGAUGACUGGAGCUUGAAUGUGAAUUUGCAAACUGGCCUUCCUGCUGGAACUUACUGUGAUGUUAUUUCUGGGCAAAAGGAAGGUGACCGCUGUACAGGAAUACAGGUGCAGGUUGUAGGUGACGGCAUGGCUAACUUCCAGAUUAAUAACCAGGCUGAAGAUCCUUUCAUUGCAAUUCAUGUUGAUGCUACAUUGUAAUCCAUGCAAGAAUGAAUGAUUCUCUGUAUAACAUCUCUAGCAAGGAAUAAACUGUGUUGGCACAAAAGUAAUGGGUUUUUUUAGUCUCAUUAAUGAAAUACUGUGUCAUUGCUGUAAUAUUAUUACACAAUAACUAGCACUGAUACACAUUUUUGAGAUGGUGUAACAGGCCUACAAAUAUGGUUCAUUUUAAAAAGUACUUCAUUUUAUUUCACGUGAAGUAAAGAAGAAAUUAAACCAUGAAUUGAGAUGAUUUUUCUAUUGUAAUUCCAAAACUCAGGCAGGCAGACAAACAGACGCACUGUAGGCUGAUGUUGCUCCCUACCUAACGCACACAGGCUCUGCUGUAUCAGGGAGUGAAAGACCCAGACCCAAGAGCUUGUAACAGGACCUAUUAGAGC